AUGGCUGUGGUAGUGCAGUUUCUGGUUAGAAAGUUCAUUGAUGGCCUGGCAGAGGAGGGAGCCUCGGAGCUCCCUUUCAGCACCUAUUUUUGCGACAUGAGGGCUGAGUUGGAGAAGGCAACCAUUUCUUCCAGCAACGCCGAUGAGCUCCGAGAGUGCAUGUACGAACUCAAUAAUCUGCUGUCCCAGUGCCGCAUGCUCAUCGACCAGACAAAUACCUCCAGCUGCUUCUCCCUGUCCAAAGCCUGGAACUCCAACAAGGUGAAGAAAAGGGUGGUCGCCGUGAAACGCAGAGUCCUGCAGUGCGUACAGCACGAUCCCAACGGUGAUGCCGCAGCCUUGCAGGAGGACAGCAGCACCACCGGGUUCAGCCGUUGGACUACUUCUUGGCCUGAGCAGAGCAUGAUCCAUGGGUUCGACCAACAGUUGUCGGAGCUAGAGCAGAAGGCGUUCAGGAACUGCAGCCCAGGACGACUUACCGGUGUCGGCAUCGUUGGCAUGGGUGGCAUCGGAAAGACUGCACUAGCGCAGCUCGUGUUCAACAGCCAACAGGCUAGGGGACGCUACUUCCCCAGAAUCUGGGUGUGCCUUUCACGCACUGCUUGCGCCGCGAAGGACGUGCGCAAGGAAGUCUUGCAGAGCAUACUUAUGGCUCUCGGCCUCGAAGAGGAGAUCGUAUUGUCAAUUGAUGGUGGUGGUACUAGUCUAGGAGACCUGGAAUCAGCUGUCCAUGAGAAGCUCAAGGGGAAACGAUACCUCAUAGUAUUUGAUGAUGUCUGGAAAAUCGAUGGCUGGUAUGCUGACGUUGUGGGCCCCCAUAAUGCCUUGCCAGGAAGCGACCAGCAGUCGAAUUGCCUUGCUCUCAGCUUGCCUAAAGAGAGAGGCGGAGUGGUGGUCGUUACCAGCCGGCUGGAGCAGGCAGCAGAGAUGAUGGUGGGGAAGAGCAGUGUAUACCGUGUGCAGCCCUUGGUCGACAGAGAGAGCUCAUGGGCAAUCUUCAUGGAUGCACUAUCCAAGGCCAGACCGGCACUGCCCAAGGAAAGACGGGCGAUCGAUCUCACCACUAUUAACAACAUGAAAGAGGAAAUUCUUGAGACCUGCAGUGGGCUACCGUCAAUGGCCAAGGCGAUGGCAGACAUCUUUGCAGAUAGACUGUCAUCACCAGCAUCAACUUCUAGCCAGGAACUUAGCUUGAGUGGUGGAAUUGUGAAGUAGGCAACAUAUCUGUAAUGGACAAAAAUGAUACUACUAUAUAAUAUCUGUAUAUGGGUUUAUGGAUUGUCACAUGAAAAUUAUGACAUGAUUUCUUA